AUGGCACGCGUCCAAGCCAUACAAGCCGAACAAGAGCCUGGUCCAGACGAUGGUAUCAACUACUGGAGAACGCAGCCGGCAAGCUACGAUGGCGUCCUGGGUGGAUUUGGAAAGGGGUCUCUUCCCCGCGUCGAAACACUAGGCUCCCGACAAUUUCUAAUGCACUUAUUUCCGGAACUGUGCACCGUCCCAUCCGCUGUUCGUCCCCUCCGUCCUAAACCCAAAGCCCGCCGUACACGCGCACUCGAUGUGGGCGCAGGGAUUGGCCGCGUCACAGCAGAUACACUGCUACACCUCUUCGACGAUGUGGUGAUUCUGGAGCCCGUUGACGACCUCGUACGAGAGGCGUAUGCGCGGGGCACUGCAAGCGACCCCUCCUCCGCCACACACGCGCCACGCACACAGCAAGGCGACAGUGGCGAGCCACCCUUUGUGCCGUGGAAGGGGAUCGCCGACAACAGUAAAAGCGUGGCGUUCUUUCAAGGCGGCCUGCAGACGUUCGACCCCGCGAACCCAACGAAGUCGACCGACGUUAUAGGCCGCGUCGGCUUCGUGCCAGAGGUCCCCACGUCUGACCUUGACUCGGGCUUCGAUGUCGUGUGGUGCCAGUGGUGUCUCAUGUACCUGAGCGACACAGACCUCGUCGCGUUCCUGAAACGGAGCAAGCCCGCCUUGCGCGACCCUAAGCGGAGCGUCAUCGUAGUGAAAGAAAAUUUAUGCAGCGAUGGCGAGUACAACACACCCAUCACUAUCUUCGACCAGGAAGACUCGAGCGUGACGAGAUCGGAUUUGGCGUUCAAGAGAAUAUUCGAGGAUGCCGGUUUGACCGUUGUGCACGAGCAAGUCCAGCAGGGACUCCCCGAAGGCCUGUUCGUUGUCAAAAUGUAUGCCCUGAGAUAAUAAAAUAAUUCGAAC